AUGGAGAAAUUAUUUACUAUUGAAGAUUAUGAACUAUGGAAUAUCAUUCUAGAUGGACCAAACAUUUCCAUAAAGCUUGAUUCCAAAGGAAGGGAAGUUCCCAAGGAAAGAAGUGAGUUUAAUGAUAUCGAUCGGAAUCUCAUGGAGAAAAAUUCCAGAGCCAAAAAGGACACCCUGCAAAUUGUACAUAAAGGCACAUCACAAAUGAAGCAAUCCAGGAUUGAUAUGCUAUUGAGAAACUAUGAACUGUUCAUCAUGAAAUAUUCGAAACCAAUCCAGGAUAUGGUCACCAGGUUCACAGUCAUCACAAACGAGUUGAGAUCACUUGGGAAGUCCUUCAUAUCAGGAAUUGGUAAGAAACAUCCUGAGAAUACUUCCUAUCAGAAAGCAAAGUUACUGCAAUCCAAGGAGAAAAAGAAUUAA